ACCUGAUAAAACGAAAUUAAACACGCGCUUUUAAUAUUACUCACACUGAAAUAACACUUAAACAGAAGCAGAAAACACUGCACAACAUUCCAACGUUUCAGCAUUGGAACCGGGACGGAACCCCGUUACAGGACUACGGCCCUGAUUCUAUUGAUUUCCCUUGGCAACGGUUACCAGGUAAACGUUCACAUACGCGCAUGUCGCCACAAACGAAACCGCUUUCGAAUGGAAACCGCAUCUGGGCGCCCGCCGGUAUUGCACAGAAACCAAAACAACAAAGUAGACUUUUUAUCGAUACUUACGAGACGCGACACCCAUUUUCACACCUUCUUGACGCGACCGAAAGUUUUCCUUCUGAGAAGAAGCAAAAAAAAAUAGCAGUUUCUCGUUUUCUUUCCAUCCUUUUCGGAACUGCGCGAAAAGUAUCAUGGUGCUGCUGGCGGAUAUCUACUGCCCGGAACAGAUUGUGAUACCGGAAAACUUUAACAAUGUACUCAAAACGUACGCCAAAGCUGUCAUCCGUACGCAACCGUAUGAUUUAUUGCGCUGGUCGGCCGCCUACUUUCGGUGUAUGGCCCAGGAGCGAACGCCUCCGGUGAAACCCCGCUACGAACCGGAAGCCCGCCGAGGGAUGCUCACAGCCGGUGCCCUGCGGACGCUAAUCGAUCAGCUUGGCAAAGGCUACUUUGUUCAGAAACGAUACUUGCUGGAGAAAUGGCAAGGACUGUGCCUACCGGAAGAAGAACUAUUGAACAUCCUGUCCUUGCUGCGUAUGCUUGACUGGACCCAUUUGCACUGGCUAAAGAUUGUGGCCGUUUUCGCCGGACUGUUGAGUGACAGCCUGCCACGGACGGCUGAAAUGAUCUGCGAGCUGCUGACGGAAGAACCGGAAGGUGGUCCGUGCCCCGUUCCUCUUUGGAUGUUCAAGGAAUGCUUUUUGACCGUAGCACGCCUGGAUGGCGGUUCGGUACAAAUGUUCGUCGACGGUAGAAAAGUUUUGGAAGACGGUCAACUCGAGGAGAAGCAACCGAUGACAGAGAUGCCCAAAGUUUUAUCAACAAUUUCAUUUAAGAACGCUAUCAUCGACAAGUACAAAAGUGUCAUGAAUUUUGACACCAAAUCCGCAAUAACCGAGCCGGAUCGUUUUUCGGAAAUCUCCGACAUUCCUUCCAAGUUAGAUUCCGACUUCAAAUUUGUCGGAGAUGAAACGGACCCGUAUGAAGUUGUGCGUCGAGCUCCGGAUUUUGACAGUGUCAUUGUACUGCUGAGUAAUUUGCAACAGGACAAACUACAGGAACAUUUGAGUUCCGUCAGUUUAGCGGAGGAAAAGUUGGACCGAGCGCGGGAACGUUGUCAGCGUUUAGACGAUUUGAAAGAAAGUCUUCCCGACUACGACUACAGUAAACUGAUGGAAGCCGAACGGCAGCAGCUGCUGAAGGAUAUGGGACCCCCUUGGUUGUUGUUGUACCUGUUUACCAACGCAUCCAAUCGCCGUGAGUCGUACAAUUUUGUCGCAGAAACUUCGAUCGAUGAUGACGCAUCGGCCAGCGGAUAUUCGGAAGAUAGCUUUCUCGUGCGGGGCACGGAUGAUCUGGAAAAAAGUCCAGAACCGGAAGGGUCGAUAUUACACGGCGUUGAGCAUCGCAGUUCCAGUUAUUCCAUACCGGCAUCUGUACGAUCCAGAAUGAGUUCGAUUCACUCGUCGGCUACGCGAAUUGCAAAUGAAGUUUUAUCUCGGAUAAUUUGCAUGGUAGACGAAGCGAUCAUUGAUGGAGAGUGUGAACUUUCGGUUCCGUCGAUAGCUAGCUUUAUCGAGCAGAAGAGUCAUGAACCGACCAGCAUUAGUGAACACGAUUUUGCGACAUUGCGUGAUUUUUUGGAGGAAGCCCAGAAGAAACAGCUCGAAGUGAAAGACUUGAAUGAAUUGUACCACUUUUUCGUAGGAGAAAGUUUCAAAAUGAUUGGUGACACGGAUGAAGUACAGCACGAUCACAGCAAGGAGAUCACAUCUAUUUUUGAAGCCAGUGGAAUCGAGGUUGACAAUAAUUUGUUGGAUGCGCGAAUUUCUGACAAUAUGAUUAUAGGCUUGGUCGAACCGGAACAAGCACCAGAAAGGGAAAGAGAAUCGUCCAUCCUUCCUCAGCCGAGUCAGGUUUUUGCCUCGCAAGGACCGUCGAUGGCUGCUCCCAGUUCGGAUUUACAAGCUGUGCAGGAGGAAAUGACGGAUGAGUUGUUGACAGGAGGAAACGAAGAAGCAACCGAAGAGGGUACAGCGACCGAUGCCGAUAAGGACAAGGAGGAAAGCGAUGAAGUAGUUGGAAAAACCUCGGUUGACGAGACAUCCGAAGAAUCUAUAUCGGCACAACCAGAGGUAGCUACUCAGACGGACCCGUUCGGUGUCAAAUGUAUGGAAAUUAUGCGUCGGAAAACACUCACUAGAAGCUCGGAGAUUACGAUGGAAUACAGCUGCCGGAUCGAUGCCAUUCCCGGGAUUGGAGAACCUCUUCGGGAGGAUAUCAUAGAAGCGUUCUUGCAGUAUCUUGCCAAAAGAGCCAUUCACCAGCAGGGGCUAAUAUACCCACGGAACUUCCGGGAAUCGCCUUGUCCGAAGAUUGAGUGAACGAACGGAGGAAGGAUGUAUGCAGUGGUAUUGGUUUGUAAUUGAAAAACGAUAAUGAUGCUGAUUUGAAAUAAAGCAACGAUUCUUGUAUUGAGAAAAUAACAUAUUCAUUCUUAUUUACAUAUUUUCGCCUUUCUCAUUAAAAAGGUACUGACUUUGCAACUAAAACCUGGAGAACCGAGUGUUUAAUAUUCGAUAUAGUUCUUUGCGAUCAGCCGACUUUCGGUUCUGGAGUAACGUGGUAAAUGGUGCAACAAUAUUAAAUUAGGUCACUGGAGUUUCCGAUAGGCCG